UCUAUAUUAAUGCAAAGUCCUUAUUAUGGUAAAGCAACCCCAGAGGGCAAGUUUGGCAACCCAGCAAAAUGGCCUUAUAUAAUUCAGACAUAACCGGACAAGUUAGGACAAGUUUCUUGUUGGCCUCCAAAGUUUGGCUUUUUAAAAACAUAAAAAGAAAACUUUACUCAAACCUAAAUUUCUUCCCAAGGCCUGAAUGGCUUGCUGUAGAUGUAGCAAGGGUUUUAAGCAUAAUUUGAUGCAAUUCCAAGUAUGAAAAUAAUAAAAAUAUGCAAUAACUGACAUCUGAACUGAAACAUUUUUAUCUGUUAAGUGGCAUAACAGGGAUUUCUGUGAGUUUUUUUUUUUAAGGAUGCCUUGUUUUGAUUGCAUUUUAAUAUUCGUUAUCAGAAAUAUGGAUUGAACUCACGCAUCUCAAGAGAUUUUUAUAGGGUUUUGGAUAACUGCUUCUGUAAGGAUAUGACCCAAAACUGCUUUGUCCCUAAAUUACAUAAUUUUAGACAUACGUACCCAUCUACAGGUGGGCCGUCCGUCACACUCUCGCAACAUUUGAAACAUCCCGCUGCUUCUCCUUCGGAAGUCAUUGUGUCAAUAACAAUUUUCUUAAACUGCAUUACAAUUUAUAGGGCUGGAUCGAUAAAGCACCGGUAACUUUUCCAUAAUUCCACGUCCAAGCCAAAGAUGGCGCCUACCCUCUUUAUUUCACUUAACUAACACAAAUGUGAACCUGAUCCGUUUACAUUCAAUAACUGACUAAAAUACCAAGUUAGUUCUAUCUUUCUUUAUCACUAUGAAUAAAGAAGGACAUACACGCGCAAGGCAACGAAACGAACGUUUUCUAAAGAAACUUUUAAGCACAUUAAAGCUUAAAUAUAUACUCCACUAAUAAAUAGUUCCUCUUAAUUUUAGAUUUACAGCCAAUAUUGGACGCAUCAAAAAACAAAACUACAAAUUUCUAUCAUGGGUUUAGCUUACCAUACUGCACAUUGUUGUUCACAGAUGGAGACAGUUGUCACUUAAAUUGUCAUGGCUGCCCACGUUUCUCAGUCUUUGGUGAUUUGGAACUGAUCCACAUCUAAAAUACAAAAAAGAAUUUAGUUAUUAAAUGGUUAUAUUAGUGCUUUAAUAAUAUUAAGAAUGUUUUAAAAUUUUAUGAGUUAACCUGUAAAAACAUGGCAAGUGAAGGAGAAUAUUUUGUAAGGGAGUUGGAUGUAGAUGUUCUAAAUACAUCUCUUAAACUAUACCAGGUUUUUAAGGGAGAUGUAGGAUGUGUAGUAUGGGAUGCUGCUAUAGUUUUAGGCAAAUAUUUGGAAGAACUUUACAAGAAAGAUGCUACAUAUUUUCAUAAUUUAUCAGUUGUAGAAUUAGGUGCUGGGGUGGGGUGUCCAGGUCUUUUUGCUGCUUGUUUUGGAGCAAAAGUGAUAUUAACAGAUUUACAUGAAAUGGUGCCCCUUUUGGCAAAAAAUAUUGCUGAGAAUAGUGGCGAGUUUAAAAAAAAUAAUGGAACAGCACAAACAUUAGCUCUAAAAUGGGGUGAAUCACCUCCAACAGAUCUACUAAGGCCAAACCUUAUUUUGCUUGCAGAUUGUAUUUAUUAUAAGGAGUGCAUAGAUAAAUUAAUAACUACCCUUAAAAACCUCAGUGGACCAAAUACCAAAAUACUGAUCUCACAAGAACUCAGGGAUACAGGACAUCAACAAGACUACUGGAACUACUUCCUAGAAACAGUUCAAAAGUACUUUCUACCUCGCUUUGUGCCUUUGGAACAUCAAAAUCAGGAGUUUAGAAGCCAAGAUAUUGUCUUAAUGGAACUGUGGCCUUUAAAAAAUUAAUAUUAAACCAAACCUGCUUUCAUAGAUAAAGCUUGUUAUUUUUUUAUGAAAUAAAACAUUUUGAUCUCAACAAA